AUGGUCCUCAGAAAUUCAUAUAAACACCCUAAUGAUAGGCGAUUUACAAGAGAUGAAAAGCUGUUGUAUCUUUCAAUUUAUAAAAGAUCGGCUGCAACAUAUGGAUAUUUAGGAACUUUUUUGCCACUUCCAAGUGUAACGUCAGUGAACAAGCUACUCACCCAGAUUCGUCUUAAUACCGGUUUAAUUCAGACCAUGAAAGACCUACUGAAGGAUGCUGCUAGAAGAAUGAUUGAUGAGCUUGAUAAAGUCCGCAUUCUCAUGUACGACGAAGUUUCUCUGAAAUUGCACUCUCAGUAUUCUGCACGAAAAGCCAAAAUUAUUGGUUUUCAGGAUUGGGGAAUAAAUCGAUACAAUAAGUAUGCAGAUCACGCUUUUGUAUUUAUGUUAAGAAGAAUUGAAAAUGGCUGGAAAAUUCCUCUUACAUACAACUUUUGUGGUGGACAAACAACACACGGACAGUUAGCGUAUUAUUUCAUUCACAGUAAAUUUGUUUAUUAA